AUGUUAUCCAACAAUCAAUCAGCCGGAUUGGGAAAGGGAAACACACAGAGCAAACCAACUCCAGAUUACCGGAAGCAUUUUAACCCCUUUGCUCCAUUGGCUGAGAUGAACGACGAACCGGUGACGGAGCAACAAGGUAACAGUUCCAAUAAUCUUAGUCUUAAUGCUACUGAUAAUUCUUAUGUCUCUCAUAAUGUUGGAACCUCAACAACUAAGCCAGACAGGCCCAAUAAAAAUCAUAGAACCCAGAGCCCACUUACAAAGGCAGUUAAAAAUAAAAUCGGACCAAACAGCACGAGAAGGUUCAUGGGUCAAGAAGGCUUCUAA